GUUCCGAAAGGAAGCAGCAUGUAUGGCUGUUAGUCAUAUCGUAAGUGUCAAAACGUUGUCGCGUGUCACGUUGGCUGGUUUAUAAACACGUUUACCUGAGCUCGAGGGCGACCGGCAUGGACAAUAUCAGAGACGGCUGGUUUAAGGAGACGUGCACACUAUGGCCCGGCCAAGCUACCAGUCUCCAAGUAGACGAAGUCCUCUAUCAUAAGAAAUCCAAAUUUCAAGAUGUGCUGGUGUUCAAGAGUAAAACCUACGGCAAUGUGUUGGUACUGGAUGGAGUGAUCCAGUGCACGGAGAGGGAUGAGUUUGCAUAUCAAGAAAUGAUUGCCAACCUUCCACUGUACAGCCACCCUUGCCCCAAGAAGGUUCUCGUUAUCGGUGGUGGGGAUGGUGGCGUGCUGAGGGAAGUGGUGAAGAAUCCACAGGUCGAAUCUGUGGUUCUCUGUGAGAUCGACGAGGAUGUCAUUGAUGUCUCAAAGAAGUUCCUCCCGGGCAUGGCGAAAGGUUUUUUCAGUCCAAAGCUCACACUCCAUGUUGGAGACGGAUUCGAGUUUAUGAAGAAAAACCAAGAUGCCUUUGACGUUAUUAUUACGGAUUCAUCCGACCCUGUUGGCCCCGCUGAGAGUUUAUUCAAGGAGAGUUAUUAUCAACUGAUGAAGACAGCAUUGACAAAAGGCGGAAUUCUCUGCUCUCAGGGAGAGUGUCAAUGGCUACAUUUGGACCUGAUAAAGGAAAUGCAAACCUUUUGCAAAACCUUGUUCCCAGUGGUGGACUACGCCUACGGUACCAUCCCAACUUAUCCCAGUGGCCAAAUUGGAUUCAUGCUCUGCAGUAAGAAUCCUGAAACGCAAUUCCAGAAGCCGGUAAAGGAGCUGUCAAAGGGAGACCUGGAAAGCAUGAAGCUGAAAUAUUAUAAUACAGAGAUUCACAAAGCAGCAUUUGUCCUUCCUGAGUUUGCAAGAAAGGUCCUCAAAGAAGCGUGAUUGGCCACAGCAGAGCAGCGGGUUCAUCCUACACCGGCUCUAAAUACAGCUUCCCAUCCUCUUCUCAGCACCCGUUCCCUUUUAAGUGUAGUUUCCUCAAGAUUUCAGGAUGAGUUUGUAAAGUGGGGUCAGUCAGUCGCCCCCUGUUUCUCCCCACCCUUCCAGACCUAAGCACCACCCGUGUUUAUUUCCUCAUGCGUUGCGUUACCCAUGUUCAUCAUAAGCUCGUCACAUAAGCAAAUGACGAUCCCCUACAACCCUGACCUCAUGCUCAAGGACUGUACUGUUUCAAAAUGUGUUCUAACAUUGCAUGUAAUUGCAAUGUAUCGCUCCAGUUUCAAUGGAAAUAUUCUGUGCUCAUUGGAAUGUCAGCGCAUCCCGGCUGCGUAUGUCGAGUAUACAAACACACCCUCAUAUAUUCAGAAAAGAUUGCUCCCCAAUAGGUUCUCAAUCUGGUUGUGUACGGUAUGAGAUAGCAUUUGCUGCCUUUAAAAGCCCAACAACGGCUUCAUACUCUCUUUUGGUAUGAAUGAUAAGUUUAAUUUUUCGAACAAAAGCAAUUCAGACUUUUGUUCAAAAGCUAAGUUAUGUGAUUACAGGGGGUUUGGCUAUUGGGGUUUGGACUAUGUUCAACUUUACCGUGGGAAGCCAUUAUAUUACAGUGUGGUUGCUUAGCUAACAUCUGAAACCAAUUACUGUGAAUCUUAUAGGAUUUUUUUUUUUAAAUAAAACUCAUUAAUU